UCUGGUACAGAAUUUGUAUGAGGAAGAGAUUUGUCAGUUGCAAGAGAGGAAGUCACUAGAGAAUACUGAGAAGAGGGUUGCUGAACUCAGAGAUCAAAAGCAAGCUGAGAAAUUAGAAGUCCUCUCUCUCAGUGAAAUGCUGCUCCUGGCACCGGCAUUGCUUGCAGUUUUCUUCCCAGCUGGUGACACUCAGGACGCCUUCCAAGGGCCAAUUUCUUUCUAUGUCAUUCAAAUUUCAUCUUUUGUCAACAACACCUGGGUGAAAUAUCAAGGCUCAGGCUGGUUGGGAGACUUACAGAUUCACGGCUGGGACGGUGACUCAGGCACUGCCAUAUUCCUGAAGCCCUGGUCAAAGGGCAACUUCAGCAAUGAAGAAGUAUCUGAAGUGGUGGAGCUAUUUCGGGUCUAUGUCUUUGCAUUCAUUCGAGAAAUGACAGCCCAUGUGAAUACCUUGCAGUUGGAAUACCCCUUUGAGGUCCAGGGCAUUGGAGGCUGUGAGCUGCAUUCUGGGGGUGUCAUGGUGAGCUUCUUGAGAGGAGCACUGGGAGGACUGGAUUUCGUGAGCUUCAAGAAUUCUUCUUGUGUCCCGGCCCCAGAAGGCGGCAGCAGGGCACAAAAAGUCUGCACACUACUUUCUCGAUAUCAGGAUAUCUUCUACAUUGUGGAGAAGCUGCUGUAUGAGACCUGCCCUCGAUAUCUCCUGGGUGUCCUUGAAGCAGGGAAGGCGGAUCUGCAGAGGCAAGUGAAACCUGAGGCCUGGCUGUCCAGUAACCCCGGCCAUGGGUCUGGCCGUCUGCAGCUGGUGUGCCAUGUCUCUGGCUUCCAUCCAAAGCCCGUGUGGGUGAUGUGGAUGCGGGGUGAGCAGGAGCAGCCUGAAACUCAGAGAGGGGAUGUCCUGCCCAAUGCUGAUGAGACAUGGUAUCUCCAAGUGACCCUGGAUGUGGCAGCUGAGGAGGCUGCUGGGCUGUCUUGCCGAGUGAAGCACAGCAGUCUGGGAGGGCAGGACAUCGUCCUCCACUGGGGACGCUCCAUUUCCAGUGGCUGGAUCAUUCUGGCAAUAAUAGUUUCCUGUUUGAUCUUUUCCCUAUGUUUUGCAUUAUGGUUUUUUAGACGCUUGUCAUACGAGGACAUCCUGUGAAUCCUUGUCAUGUCAUGUCUAACAGUUGGAAUUAGUAUUGAGAAGCCCAGAAACUUGGCUGUUAACCCAACAAUCUUGCUGUAGCUCAUCAAAUAACCAUUACUUUUAAUCAACUCAGUGUUCCCAUACAGUAUAAGAUAAAUCACAAUAUGUAUACCAGCAAAAAAUGAAGAAUUUAUUUUUAAAUGGUAUCAAUAGUAGGUUCCACCCAGAUGUCAUACUUUAUUAAUGGCUGCCCUGCACUUCUUAAGAUGACAAGGAGUUUUUAUGUCAUUUAUUCUGCUAAUUUGGUGUGUCACAUUUACUUAUUUUCAAAUAGGAAAACAAAUUCAUGUUACUGUAACGUACUUGUCUUGCUCAGAAUGUAUGCAUGUGGACUCUGUGAAUGUUUUAUCCAGGGCUACGCAUUUAUGUGCAUUUAAGUUGUGCAACAUUCCUUAGGUAUCCCAGUCAGGUAUUGGUAUUAAGGAAUUUUUCGCCUAAUAAAAUGUAUUGAAAGGUGUUUCCUCUAUUUUGUUCACUGGAGUAGGGAGAAAUUUAUACUUCUGCUGUUGCUUUAAAGAUUUGGCAGAAGUUCUUAAAUAAAGUUUUAAAUUUUAGAGACUAUUUAAAAAAUAAGUGUACCUCUAUCCAGAUAGUUCGUUUGGAUUUGCGCUUUCUGCCAGUAUGAUUAAUUGUAGUUUUCAAGCUUUGGGCAAGUUAUCCAAAUUACUCAGUUUAUUGCUAGUAGCUUGUACAUAUCUUUUUGUUAGCACAUUAAUGUCUGUAUGAUUUUUAGUCUGUAAUUUUAAAAUCUAGUAUUGAAAAUUUGUUCUCCAUCCCUUAUUUGUUACUCUUUUUUCUUUCUUUUUUCCCUCGGCUCUUGUUCAUGUGAGGCAAGGCAUGGACUCUUCCACUGAGCGACACUACCAGCCCACUCUUAUUCGUUCUUUCAUCUUGACACAUGUUUAUCAAUUCCUAAAGUUUUCAGGAAACUAACUUUUGGCCAUGUUGGGUCAAUAUCAUAUUUUUUUUCUACUCUGUUCUGUGGGUAUCAUUUACUUUUAUAUUUCCUUCUCUUCCUUCUCUUCUUU